GAAAGGUCACAACAAUUGUGCAUGUUAUGGAUAAAUAAUUGGUUAUGGAUAAAUAAUUGGUUAUGCAUUAAUGAGGCAAAACCGCAAAAGAGUAUUAAUUUAACAACUAAAAAUCUUUCCAUUUGCUCCUAAUUAGGCUCCGGUUUCUUGUAAGAAUUUGAUAUACAUAUACCUGAAUGUUUGAAACGCCGAGUAAUAGAAUCUGAUAAUCUUGUGUCAAUCUAUCCAAACUGACAGUUGUGUAAGGAAAAAAAAGUGUUAUUUGAAAGUAGAAAACACUUGACAUAUCUUGUAAAAAUAAGUUGUUUCUACAUUUAUAAAAAUAGCUAAUUAUGUAAAAAGUAAGUCGUAUGAUCAAAUCCUGAUUCGCAUGUAUUAAAAGAAGACACAGUUGUGGUAUGAACAUAAAGCGCGUUACAAAUGUCAUUGCCUAAAAUAGAAGGUAGGAAAAAAAAAAAACAUGUGUAAAAUACAAGAAAGAACAACCGAUCUUGUGAGUUGUCUUAAGAAGACUUAUGUUGUGUCCAGAGAAACAAACACUGUUAAUUUCUUUCUGUCUCUCCUCUUUUUUAUUUAUAUCUCCUUUAAUUUCUUGUUUUUUCCGUUGUAAUUUUUACACCGGAAAAUUACCAAAGUUACCUCUUCUCUCUGUUUUCUCCCUCUUCGUCCAUCAUUUGUCACAGUAAAAAGAAAAAAAAAAAACAAAACAGAGGAGGAGGGUCUCACCUUUCUCAAAUUCCCCCAAUCAUAAGCCAUUCCGACGACGAUACACACUCUGUUUUUUUGUUUUUUUUGGUUUCUUUCUCUUCUUGAAUCGGCAAGGGAAGAAGCUAUGAUCAUGUACGGAGGAGGAGGAGGAGCAGCAGGGAAGGACGGUGGAUCCACCAAUCACAUAUCAGACGGAGGAGUGGUAUUGAAGAAAGGUCCAUGGACGGCGGCUGAAGAUGAGAUACUUGCUGCGUACGUUAGAGAGAACGGUGAAGGAAACUGGAACGCUGUUCAGAAAAACACAGGUUUGGCUCGUUGCGGCAAAAGCUGCCGUCUUCGAUGGGCUAAUCACCUCCGUCCUAAUCUCAAAAAAGGUUCUUUCACCGGCGAUGAAGAACGUCUCAUCAUUCAGCUUCAUGCUCAGCUUGGUAACAAAUGGGCUCGCAUGGCUGCUCAGUUGCCGGGAAGAACAGACAACGAGAUCAAGAACUACUGGAACACGCGUUUGAAACGCCUUCAUCGCCAAGGACUUCCUCUUUAUCCUCCAGAUAUUAUCCCUAACCAUCAACUCCAUCCACAUCCGCAUCCACAUCCACAUCAUCAACAACAACAACAUCAACAACAACAGCAGCAGCAUAACCAUCAUCAUCAUUAUCAACAAAUGUAUUUUCAACCACAAUCUUCACAACCAAACACACCAUCAUCCUCACCUCUUCCAUCUCCAACACCACUAAACGCAAACGCAAACUCAUCAUCAUCCUUCACUUUCCAUACACCAACCGCUAACCUCCUCCAUCCACUUAGCCCUCACACUCCAAACACACCGCAAACUCCUUCUCAACUCUGUUCCACACCGCCUCCACCGCCACUCUCCUCUCCUUUCUCUUCCCCUCGCAACAACCAAUACCCGACUCUUCCUCUCUUCGCCCUCCAACAUUCCCAAACCAACAACAACGACGCAAAUUUCACUUUCCCUAGACCUCCACCUCUCCUUCAACCGCCUUCAUCCCUCCUCGCAAAACGAUACAACAAUGCUAAUAUUCCUCUCAAUUGCAUCAACCGCGUCUCAACUGCACCAUUUUCCCCUGUGUCAAGAGAAUCCUACACUUCCUUUCUAACAUUGCCUUACCCUUCCCCAACCUCUCAAACCGCUACUUACCACAACACUAAUAACAAUUACUCUUCAUCUCCUUCAUUCUCUUUAAACCAUUCUUCUUCUUACCCUACAACAACUUCUUCCCCAAGCUAUCUCCACUCCCAUUACACUCCUUCUUCCACCUCCUUUCAUAACAGCCCGGUUUACUCCAUGAAACAAGAGCAGCUCCCUUCAAACCAAAUUCCCCAAAUAGAUGCCUACAAUAACAUCAACAACUUCACAGACAAUGAGAGACAAAAUCAUAACCUUAACAGUUCUGGUGUUCAUAGAAGAAGUAGUAGCUACAGCCUCUUAGAGGAUGUCCUUGAAGAGGCCGAAGUUUUAGCCGCUGAAGGCAGAGGCCGGCCCUCAAAACGAAGACAACUCACAGCUUCUCCUCCGAACCACAACAGCGACAACAACAACAACAACAACAACAACAACAACGACAACAACGACAAUUUCUUCUCGGUUAGUUUCGGACAUUAUGAUUCCUCUGACAACUUAUGUUCUUUACAAGAUUUGAAACCGCAGGAAGAUGAGUCUCUUCAAAUGAACACAAUGCAAGAAGACAUAGCUAAGCUUCUUGAUUGGGGAAGUGAUAGUGGAGAGAUCUCUAACGGACAAUCAUCUGUUGUCACUGACGAGAAUCUUGUUCUUGAUGUUCAUCAAUUCGCUUCACUAUUCCCGGCUGAUUCUACAGCCGUGGUAACCGCAACAAACGACCAUCACAACAACAACAAUAAUAAUAAUUGCUCCUGGGGCGACAUGCAGGGAUUAAGCUAGAAAAAAAGUCUGAAAAGAAUCUAUGUACGGACUAAGAUCAAGAACUAACAAAGAACAGAGUUUUUUGAUCUUUGAUUGUACAUGAAUUUAUUUAUUUUUACUUAUAUUUGUUGCAAAAUCUUUGGUUUAACUA